AUGGCAAGGCUUAACACAACCAACCCUUUGGUCAAGCACACCCCUCGCAGAGCAAACGAGGAAGCCAAAAGCUCCGCCCGAGAUUUUGGGAUUUUUCACGAUGCCCCGCUUCCUAGAGAGCCAUGGUCCAAUACCAGAAACACAGCCAAACACAACGUGCCCACGAAACCACAGAACCAAACUCGACGGCAAGGAACAGGCUCGGGCGGAUUCUUUGAUAUAUUUUCCGACAAUGCUUCAGCAUCGGAAAGUGAAACUCAGCAGAGGUCUGCCGGGAAACAGCAGAAGCAGAAGACGCUGGGGCUCGCACGUGUGAACUCGCUACUCUUACCAGCGAAGCGGAGACCACGUCCAGCCCUGCGAAGGGAGACGCAGGAUUAUGACAAAGAAAAUGAUCUCCCAGACCACGCCUCAGAUGGACAUCGAACCCCAGAUUUAACACCCACGAGGCCCAGUGCUUCGCAAGUUCCCCCGGGGAGCAGGAUUGGGAGUCUCUCCGUGAGACGACCGGAGAUUGACUACCAACCACGACAGGAGGAAGAUGAAGAAGAACAGGAAGAACAAGAACAAGAAGAUGAGCAAGCGCAGCCGCAACUUAGCUUUGAGGAAGAGGAUAGCUCCGACUCACUAGACGGGUUCAUUGUCAGUGACAACGACGAGCUCAGUUCUCAUGAGACAUCAGAUUCCGAGACAGCCAACACAGAAGAUGAGCUCAGCCCAGUGCCAUCGCCCAUUCGAUCACCAAGAAAGAGGCUCAUACGUGGAAGAAAACCAGAACCAGAACCAGAACCAAUCCACAAUGCAGAGGAGGAGCCUAGUCCGGCACCGUCACCUAUCCGAUCACCGAGGAAGAGGCUCAUGCAUGGAAGAAAACCGCUGCCAGAACCAGAAUCAGAACCAAUCAACGACACAGAGGGGAAGGCACCUAUCGAAGCGGUUCAACUCGAGGUGGAACUGGAUCGAUAUAUCCAGAAGUCACAGAUCGUCGCCCCGCAACCUGACGACUGCACACCACAUCUUGAUUAUUCCUCAGCUAUUGAACAAACAAACGUAGUUAAAGCUCAACUUGACUCAGCUUAUUCUCCUCAUUCCAGCAUUUACAACUCCAAUGAUCUCAUUCGACACCUUGAAGAUCUUGAUUUAGACAGUGAUAACGAGUCUAUGCCCCAACCAAAAACAGAAAGAUCCAGCCCUGGAUCAGAAGAUGAAACGCCAUUGCAACUUCACCCGGGCCGCUCUAAACCGUCACCAUCGACCCCUUUGCGACGCAAGCCUCACUUUUCUCUCACUCGCUCCACUAGAACAAUUGAUAGUUCAUCGGGUAUGGAAACUCCCACCACCAUCAGGGCCCAAAAAAAGGCCGAGGCAGCGCGCAAACGCGAGAUCCGCGCUCAAAUAGCCAGGUUCAAUGAAACGAAAAUCAGCUUCGCCGAGACGUUCCUGCAACAUCUUGACAGUACCUUCGAUGGCCAGGUCACUCGCAUGACCGAGGAAACUGGUGGGAUAAAAAUUAUAUGGACUAAGAAUUUCCGAAACACCGCCGGACGGGCAACCGUGCGAUCAGAAAGAAUCUUCCCAGGGCCCGCCGGUAUGGAGCACGCUGGGAGGCGCGUUCACUAUGCUACCAUUGAGCUGUCCGAGAAAGUUCUGGACAGCGAGGACAAGAUCCUCUGCACGAUGACGCACGAGUACUGCCACCUGCUCGACAUGCUCGUCACCAACAAUAGAGGCAAAGGUGUAGCACAGCACGGCGCCAGCUUCAAGCAAUGGGGCGCCAAAUGUGUACAGGCGUUAGAAGAUCACCCAAUCUAUGGGGGCCGAGUCGAGGUCUCGACCAAACAUACCUAUGAGAUCAACCACAAAUAUGUCUGGGCCUGCGAGGCACAAUUCUGUGACUUCAAGGUCGGCCGGCACUCAAAGAGCAUCGACCCCCGACGCCAGUUCUGCGGUCUUUGCAGAGGCAGUCUUAGGCAGAUCAAGCCAGUGCCUCGGGCUGUGGCAUCAAGGAGGGUCGCUACCAAGGCGAUGGUUGAGGAGACAAGCGUUGUGGACCUGACGAUUUAA